AGCCCGACGGCGAGCCAGCCGUCCAGUCCAACGGACGAGAUUUCCGUGCGCCGAAUCUCCUCGUUUAUGCUGCUGGAGACACGCGAACUGCCCACGGCGCCUUUGGCGCAUACGGCGCCCACCCCAUGGCGCAGCAACGACCCGGUGUCGAAGCGCACCUGGUUCGAGUACUCGAUCAGAGUGGGGGCGCAGCUCUAUCAGCUCAAUAUCGGCCAUCGGAAUCGCACAUUCAGCGCCGAAGACCUGAUGGGCUUCAACAACACGGGCAACAUCUGCAUUUGGCCGUCGGAGGAGACGCUCAGCUACUACGCAUGCGGCAAUCUGGCGCUGUUCAGUGGCAAGCGAGUGCUGGAACUGGGCGGCGGCAUGUCCUGUUUGGCGGCGCUGUUUGUCGCCAAGUACGCAGGCGCGCAGCGCGUGCUUGCCACCGAUGGCAACAAGGCGUCGGUGGAGAAUGUGCAGGCGAUACUGCGCUGCAACGCGUUCGCCUGCCGCACCGACUGCGCAGUGCUGCGGUGGGGCGAUGCUGCGCAGGACAGUCGCGGCCAGUUCGAUGUGAUCGUGUCCGCCGAUUGUUUGUUCUUCGAUGAUGCGCGCACGGAUCUCGUCAACUGUCUGCGCAGCCGGCUGGCGCCCGGCGGGCUGGCGCUGGUGAUGGCGCCCCGGCGCGGCKCCACCUUGGACAGCUUCGUCGGCCAGUCGGAGGCGGCGGGGCUGCGUUGCCGCACUGUGCCCAAUUACAGCGACGUCGUCUGGGAGAARCGGCUCGCCCUCAUGGCCAACGCCGACUACAACGACAACAUCCACUACCCCAUUCUGAUUGAAGUGACCAAACCUGAGCGCUGAGUUCUGCGCUGGCGCGGCGCAGCCGCUGUGCGCCGGCGCUCGCCACUCCCCUUAGCCAUUUGUCUAUGUAUUCUAGUCUGAUUGACCUUAUCUGUGAUACGAAAUACCAAUUUUCCUUGUCGAUUAUUCUAGCGUUAGUCAGUUAGGGGUUAGUGUCCUUUUCGCCUGGAUUUGGUGGGUUUCUGGCCGCCCCCAGUGUGAGAUUCGAUGGAAAAUGCGUGAAAUUCGAAGGAAAAGUUGAGCCGUGUAGUAGUGGUGCAGCCAAUAAAGUGUCGUCUCGGUAAA